UGUUACAUUUCAUUAUCUAUUAGUCAGUACGCGUCAUCUUACAAAUAAGACGACACCUAUCGUGUUCUUUUCAGGUUAUUUAUGUGUGUAUUGAAUUAAAACCUAUAUAGGAACAGUGUUUUUAUAAAAAAUGGCUGCAAUAGAUAUAGAACAGACUAAAAAUCCAUAUUUUGGCGGGAAAUCUCCACCACAGUACAUCUUUGAAGAUGAACAGUGCAUAGUUUUCGAGGCAGAUGAAGACAGACAAGCUCCAGUGCACUUCAUAGUUGUGCCUAAGAAAGUUCUACCUAGACUUUCUGUGGCCACAGAGGAGGACGAAAGAUUGUUAGGUCACAUUUUAUUAGUUGCAAAAAACUUAGCAGUUGAAAAGGGCUUACUGAAUAGUGGCUAUCAUGUCAUGGUGGACGAAAACUAUCGCACCAAGAAAUUCAUUGGUUUACAUGUGUUCGGCAGAGCAUUACAUCACAUGGUUUGGCCUGUAGGACCUGGCAGUAGACUUUAAUGAAAUUUAUUAAAUUUGAAAAUGUAUUUUAUUUUAUAUAGAUUAUAUACCUAACUAAAUAAAACACCUAGAUACCAAAAAUUA